ACAUAAUCAAUUUGCAACGAUCGUGAUAUUUCCGGCAGUACAUGAACGCGUCUCCACCAGUUCCCUGAGCGGAAAAGAAGAAGCCAUCUCAUUUCGUCUUCCUCCGCUUGUAUCACAACAUCUGAUCUGCAGUUCGGGAUCUUUCGGUGAAAAAUGCCCCCCAAAACCCCCAAAGCGGCGAUUAAAGACGCGUUGGCGAACCUUUCAAAGGAUGAUUUUGAAGCGUUCUGCCAUGCGCUCAUCGAUCGCCCUGGACAGCCGAACGUUCCCUACAACAAGGUGGAGGGUAAAAACUUCUUACGGAUCGCCGAUGUCUUGAUGUCAACUUUUACCGAAGCCAAAGCUCCUUCGGUGACUGCAGAGCUGCUGGAAGAAAUCGGCUGUAAACAACAGGCAACUCAACUCCUGAAAGAGACCAGUGGACAGUCCAGUAACUCCGGAGCAGCUGGUGUGAACACCCCGGCACGAGAUGGCAGCGCAGAGAAACACUUUGUGGAUGAACACAGAACUGCGCUGAUCAACAGAGUGACCAACGUUGCGGCCAUUUUGGAUGACCUCAUCGAUGAAGAAGUCAUCUCGAAGGUGCAUUAUGAUGAAAUCAUGGCUCUCUCUCCCCGUCAGUCUCAAAUGAGGAAGCUCUAUGGUCCCCUGUACGGUGCUGGACGUGCCGCCAAAGAAGUCUUCUUCAAAAGCCUCCAGAACAAUGAGAAAUUUCUCAUGCAAGAUCUCCAGAAAUAGGAAUGAAUGUUCAUUACAAAAAUAACAAUAGAAAGUGUGGGGGGUAAUAUUCAAACGACUGACCUCCUGUUAGAUUAAAAUUAGUGGACUUGUAUGAGAUGUGGUGCCUCUUCCACCUGAAUGUUCAUUACAAAAAUAACAAGGUGAAGGGAGGGGGGGUAAUCUUCAAACAACUGAUGAGUUUUAGGAGAGAAAUGAACUAAUUGAUAUUUUAAUAUAAAUCAAAACAUGUUUGAUCAUGAAAGCAGGUUUAAUCUCUGAUUUCUAUUCCCAUGUACGCUAUUGAGUUCAUUCAAGUUUUCUAUUUGGAAAUUUAUAUAAAUUGAUAAUAAAGUCUUAUGAUUUUG